CUGGUUUUUUUCAGGUCCCAAUUCCCGUGACACUCUCGGGCUUUAAGUGCAAGGAUGUCCUCAAACGUUCACUGGAAGACCCAAAGUACACACAGAACUUGAGCGCAAAAUCCCCAGCGCCUGCCUGCAGCGGACGCAUGCGCUCUUACGCUCGCCACGAGAGGCGGAGCGUGGAGAUUGACAGGGCUCUCGGCCUGUUGGAGCCUAGUCCCGCCUUCCUCCCGCAUCCGGCGCGGACGCCAUGGUGCGGUUCAAGCACAGGUACCUUCUGUGCGAGCUGGUGUCGGAGGAUCCGCGCUGCCGCCUGAGCCUGGACGACCGCGUGCUGGGCGGGCUCGUCCGCGACACGAUCGCCCGAGUGCACGGGGCCUUCGGCGCCGCCGCCUGCUCCGUGGGCUUUGCAGUUAGAUACCUCAAUGCUUACACUGGAGUAGUGCUGCUUCGAUGCCGAAAGGAUUUCUACCAGCUCGUGUGGUCAGCUCUUCCUUUCAUCACGUGUUUGGAGAACAAAGGACACCGUUACCCGUGCUUCUUCAACACAUUACAUGUGGGAGGUACCAUUAGAACCUGUCAGAAGUUCCUGAUUCAGUACAACAGGAGACAGCUGUUGGUCUUGUUGCAGAACUGCACGGAUGAAGGAGAGCGGGAAGCCAUUAAGAAGUCUGUCUCAAGAAGCUGUCUGCUGGACAGAGAGUCGGUUGAAGAGCUUUCGGACAGUGCUGGGGAGGAGGCUGCAGAGGCAAUGGAGUGACCAGGCUCACUGGUGGAACACAGUCACAGGAGGUGGCAGCAGCAGGCCACGGUUCACCAGUGCAGUGACUGACAACCGGAGCACAGGUGACCAGCUUGAAGUGGAGGCCUCGCUGCCUUACCUUCCACCCAUGGUUGUAAAGGCUCUGCGCACACAUUUUGUAGGUAGUUGCUUAGCUCCUGGGUGGAAUAAACACUCUUGGCUUCCAGGGCAUCAUUCUUAAACCUCAAAUGCUUCCACAGUCGACGGUCGGCCAAGGUCUCUCCUCUAUAGCACUUGCCUUGAAUGUGCUCCGUGUGUGGUACUGGGUGAGUUUUAAAUAUUCCUAGACCCCUAAUAAGAGAACUCAUGCAAAUCUGGGCUUGGUGGCACAAGCCCUCAAUCCUAGCACAUGGGAGGCAGGAGCAGGCAGAUCUCUGAGUUUGGGGCCAGCCUGGUCUACAGAGUCCAGGACAGAAAGUGUUGGGGGUGGGGCGGGCUCGAGUAAAGCAGAAAUACUGGUGAACCACCAGUUACACUUAAGUAAUCUAGGGUUAGUUAGUAGUGUCCUAGGACAGCACAUACCAGGGUCCCCAGUUCACCUUUGCUCAGGUGACUGACAAGGACUGGCUUUCAGCUAGCCCCAUGAGGCAUGACUGCAAUCCGAGUGUGUGGGCGAUGUGCUGAUGUGAAUGAGUGCCCGUCUAUCUAAAUACUUUGGUCCCCAGUUGGAAGGAUUGGGAGGUAUAGCCUUGUUGAAGGCAGUGUGUUAUUUUGUGUUUGUGGGGUGGGGAGACUUCGAGGUUUCAAAAGCCCAUAUCAUUCCCAGUUAGCUCUCUCUGCCUCCUCCUUGUGGGUCAGAUGUAAGCUGCCAGCUGCCUCUCUGCCCGCCAUGCUCUGCAUGGUUGCCAAUUCACUCUUUGUCUCCUUUAAACUUAAAACAAGUCAGGCUCAGGAGCCAGGGAGAGGGCUCCCGAUUCAGAGCACGGGCUGAGGACCUGGGUUCAGUGUCCAGCUCCCACAGGGAGGCUCACAAAUAAAUAUAAAAGUGACUCUAAUUGCAGGGUUCCAACAGACACACACACACACACAAAUACCUGUUUUGGACGCCUUUUUUAAAGUUUUCUUUUUCUUUUUUCUUUUUAAAAACUGUGAGGGGUUGUGAAAGGGCCAGACUCUAGGUAAGAAGCAGAUUCAACAGGUACAACCUCCCUCCCUCCUCACAUAUUCAAGUGUGGAGGACAGGUUACCCUGGACUAAGUGGCCAGCUGAGUGAGAUCUGGCCACAUGCAGCCACUUACCAGGAGAAAAACUCCCAUAUUUUAAAAAGACAAUUGUACAAUGGUCGGGACAAGCUAGGAAGCCCACAAACAGGAUGCUGAGCAGAGUAGUGCUAUACCAGUGGUUUGGCCUGCUCCAGAGAACAUUGAAUGCACUACUCAAGCUCAUUUUGGGUUGAGGAAAUGAGCAUCUGAGUCAAAAGGGCUAAUGUAUAAAUGAACCAAGUUCGUCAGGGAGGCGUCUCAUGUGAGUGUCAAUACUUUAUUUUGGUGUAAAGAGGGAAGCUGGAAAAUACACUGUAUUUAAAAUUU